GAGAGAGAGGAAAAGAGAAAACACGCGAAGCCACCAUUUUGGUCUCCGUUCUCGUCCACGGAGGCGGCGACUUCCGCCGUGCGGCGCCUGGCCGGCUCUACCGCCGGAACCGGCGGUGACGCGCUGCGAUCGACGCUUCCUUCCCUCUCUAGCGCGGGUCCGUGCACGUGUCCGAAGCUGAUUGGUCCCUGGUGGGCUGACGCACGGUCGCGGCCGUAGAUAGAGGGGGGGACGAUAUGAUGUUCCUCCAGAGUCCCCGAGAGUCGGUGUGAGCAUCUUUUUCCUCUUUCAGAUUCCCGUACAAUAUAAGCCCCGAGCCGUUGGUUUCCUCUCUUUUUCCUUCUUGUCACGGUCCUCGCUUGCGACCACCGCCAGCGAAGAGGAGUGAAGCACGGGUUGGGGGAGGAAUUAGGGGAGAGAUCUCGAUCGGGAGGCGGCGCCUGUCGGCCAGACCUGGCGGCUGGGAUCGGUUUCGGUCGCUGUUCCACCAGCUCACGGCCGAUUUGUGGUUAAUGGUUGGGGUGUUGGUCACACGCUUUUGUCGCUGACCGCAGGUGUCUUUACAUGGGACUUUGAUGCAUGACAACGAUAGGCGCCGAUUAUGAGGGAAGAAAGCUCUUCGCGUGAUAACAUGAUAGAUAGGAAUUGGCUCUUGAAGCGCAAGAGGAAAAGGAUAACGUCUGGGCUGGGUCUUUCAAAUGGAAAGGAGAGUACUUCCCGAUCUUCAGAAUCCCUGUUGAACAAUGCUGCUAAGAGGAAGAAAGGUGACAUUCACGUUUCUAGACUUGCUCGUAAGAUCAAAGGACAGGAUGGGCAUUAUUUUGAGUGUGUUGUAUGUGAUCUUGGUGGCAAUUUGCUUUGUUGUGAUAGCUGUCCUCGAACUUACCACCUUGAAUGUCUCACUCCCCCACUUAAGCGUAUCCCAUCUGGGAAGUGGCAUUGCCGAAACUGCUCUGAGCAGAAGGCUAACAUAAAAACAUCAGAUAAUUCAGAGCCUUAUUUAAGACGUGCAAGAAUGAAGAGCAUGUUUGGAAAGCCCACAAUUUUAUACAAACAACCAGUCCAUGACAAGGCAACACUUCCAGUGAGAAACUCUGUUCCAAGAACUAAUAAUGGAAAAGCUACAUUUUCUCGUAGAACUCCAAAUCAGAAGUCUGAUUCAUCUAGACAUGAUAAAUCAGUCAGCCCAAAAUCAAGCCACUUGUGUGAAGGUGGGCCCCAAGAUGGCAUUUUAGCAGCAACAGAUAAUAAAACUAAGAAGUCAGAUUCAUCAUUUCGACGGAAAACAAGCUCUCAUGAGAAAUCCAGGAAAAAGAAGCAAAAGCCUAGUAUGAUAGAUAAGAAGAAGAAACCUAUAGCCAAAAAAGGAAAGGAUGCUUCAACAGCUGUCAGUAAUGAGCCAUCUAUGGAAACAUGUCUUAGUACUGGUGGGUCACUUCAAAACUGCAAGUCUCUUGAUCAGCAGAACUCUGCAUCUAAGGAAGAAGCCAGCAGUUCUGCCGGUGAAGAGCAGUAUGAGAUAUCAACUGAAAAAGCGAGUCGCUCAUCACAAGAAUUAGAUGAACGAAGCAUGCAAGCACAUAAGAUAACAAAACAUCAUGGGAAUCAUUGGGAUGGAGUUCAACAGGUUGAUCGCAUUCUGGGUUGUCGUCUCCAAGCUAGCACCAAGAUGUCUAGCCAAACAAUAAGGUCUCCUACUUCUUCGGAACUUGCUGAUUCUGAGAACAAUCCAGGGAGCCCAGCUAGUAGACAACCACCUUAUGGUUUGAAUGGUCCCAGAAACAAUGACAAGUUGCUGAUAGAGUGUCAAAAUCAAUGUGAAGUUGAAAUAAAGGACACAAAACGUGUUCUAAAUGAGGCUUAUAAUGACAAAUCAUGUGAAUUUAAAGGAUCUUUGAAUAAUAUUCCAACAAGUGAAUGUUUGCAGGAUGAGCACAUCACAAAGGAAAAUUUUGUGGUUCUGAAGGAUUCUCCAUUAGAUAAAGCAAAUAUUGCUCUAGAAGUUUGUAUGGAAAAUUCAAAAGAUUCAGAUCUUAUCAGUGCACACAAGCAGAGUAAUUCAUAUACAGAGACUGGACCUUCUCAAUUAGCUGUUUCCUGUGUUUCAAAUGGCGAUGAUGGAUCGGUUCUUGACACACAGCCAAGCAAUAAUGAUAAAAGUAGAAUCACUGUAGAAAUGGUGCAGGACUCAGGAAAUGAGAACAAUGAUGACAUUAUCUAUGAAUUUCUUGUUAAAUGGGUGGGGCAAUCAAACACUCAUAAUACCUGGGUUCCUGAAUCCCAAUUGAAAAUUUUGGCCAAAAGAAAAUUGGAGAAUUAUAAAGCUAAAUAUGGGACUGCUAUCAUUAAUAUUUGUGAGGAACAGUGGAAGAUACCACAGCGUGUUAUUUCCCUUCGAACUUGUAAGGAUGGUAUAAAUGAAGCUUUGGUUAAAUGGUGUGGCCUUCCAUAUGAUGAAUGCACUUGGGAAAGAUUAGAUGAACCUGUAAUGAAGGAAUCAGCCCAUCGGGUAGAUGAACUGAAACGGUUAGAAUCCCAGACUUUUGAUAAGGAUAUUAAUGAUGAUUCUCGGCAAAGAAAAGGUGACUGCCAAGAUCUUCUUCCUCUUGUUGAGCAGCCAAAUGUGCUAAAAGGCGGAUUGCUUUUUCCACAUCAGCUAGAAGCUCUUAAUUGGCUACGCAAAUGCUGGUUUAAGAAUAAAAAUGUGAUUCUUGCUGAUGAGAUGGGGCUUGGAAAAACCAUAUCUGCAUGUGCUUUUAUCUCAUCUUUGUACUUUGAGUUUAAGGCUAAGCUACCCAGUUUGAUAUUAGUACCUCUUUCCACUAUGCCUAACUGGUUGGCUGAGUUUGCACUGUGGGCCCCACAUUUGAAUGUUGUGGAGUAUCAUGGCUGUGCAAAGGCGAGAUCCAUAAUACGUCAAUAUGAAUGGCAUGCCAAUAAUCCUAAAAAAUCACAUAAGCUAUCCAAGUCAUACAAGUUCAAUGUUUUGUUGACUACUUAUGAGAUGGUACUUGCUGAUUUCUCUUAUCUACGUGGAGUCCCUUGGGAAGUUCUUAUAGUUGAUGAGGGGCAUCGUUUGAAAAACUCAAGUAGUAAACUUUUUGGUUUGCUUAAUACAUUUUCUUUUCGACACCGUGUGUUAUUGACUGGAACUCCUUUGCAGAAUAACAUAGGCGAGUUGUAUAACUUACUCAACUUUUUGCAACCCGUUGCAUUCCCCUCUUUAGCAGCAUUUGAAGAGAAGUUUGAUGAUCUUACAACAGCAGAAAAGGUGGAGGAGUUGAAAAAACUUGUUGCACCACAUAUGCUUCGAAGGCUCAAGAAAGAUGCUAUGCAAAAUAUUCCUCCUAAGACUGAGCGGAUAAUUCCUGUUGAAUUGACUUCCAUCCAGGCUGAAUAUUAUCGCGCAAUGUUGACAAAAAAUUAUCAGAUAUUGCGGAACAUAGGAAAAGGUGGCGCACAGCAAUCAUUGCUAAAUAUAGUGAUGCAACUCCGGAAGGUAUGUAAUCAUCCAUAUCUUAUUCCAGGAACUGAACCUGAAUCUGGUUCCAUGGAGUUCCUUCAUGAAAUGCGGAUAAAGGCAUCAGCAAAGCUGACUUUAUUGCAUUUCAUGCUCAAGAUUUUACAUAAGGAAGGACACAGAGUCCUUAUAUUUUCUCAGAUGUCUAAGUUGCUUGAUAUUCUUGAGGAUUACCUAACUAUAGAGUUUGGCCCUAAAACAUAUGAAAGGGUGGAUGGUUCAGUACCUGUGGCAGACCGUCAAGCAGCUAUUGCUCGUUUCAAUCAAGAUAAAACACGAUUUGUGUUCUUGUUGUCCACACGUUCUUGUGGCCUUGGGAUCAAUCUGGCGACUGCUGACACUGUUAUCAUAUAUGAUUCAGAUUUCAAUCCACAUGCAGAUAUACAAGCUAUGAAUAGAGCACACAGAAUAGGGCAAUCAAAGAGACUUCUGGUUUACAGGCUUGUAGUACGUGCUAGUGUUGAGGAGCGCAUCUUACAUCUUGCUAAAAAGAAAUUGAUGCUAGAUCAACUAUUUGUGAAUAAGUCAGAAUCUCAGAAGGAAGUGGAGGACAUUCUUCGAUGGGGAGCCGGAGAGCUUUUCAGUGAUUCUGAUGCUGUGAAUGGGCAAGAUGCAAAAGAAGCCCCUACCAGCAAACUUGAUGCUGUUCCUGAUAAUGAGCAUAAACAUAGGAGGAGGACUGGAGGUUUGGGGGAUGUGUACAAAGAUAAAUGUACCGAGGGUUGUACAAAGAUUGUUUGGGAUGAAGGUGCUAUUCUAAAACUUCUUGAUCGUUCUGAUCUACAAUCAGUUUCUGAAAGCACUGAUGUGGAUCUUGAAAACAAUAUGCUUGGCUCAGUGAAGUCGGUGGAUUGGAAUGAUGAUACAAAUGAAGAACCAGAUGGGUCACAAUUGCUACCUGGUGUAGCUGUUGAUGGUUGUGAGAAAAUAUCUGAAGCAAAGGAAGAUACUGCAGUUGGUGGCUCUGAGGAAAAUGAAUGGGAUAGGCUUUUACGUGUUAGGUGGGAAAAAUAUCAGCUUGAGGAGGAAGCAGUUCUUGGUCGAGGAAAACGCUUGAGAAAAGCAGUAUCUUACAAGGAAAGCUUUGCUUCAAUACCAAGUGAAACUAUUAGUGAGAGUGGUAACGAAGAGGAGGAGCCAGAACAUGAAUAUACACAUGCAGGACGUGCUUUGAAGGAGAAGUUUGCUAGGCUCCGUGCCCGACAAAAGGAACGUAUUGCCCAGAGGCAGACUGCUGAUUUUUCUCAUUCAACAGACAGAACUGAAUUGCUGACUCAGUCAAUGGUUCAAUCUGUCCAUGAAGCCGAAGGCUUAGAAAAGAAGAUCCAAGAUGACAAUAAUGAGCAGGUUGUUACCAUCGACCAGGAGGAUGAUACAUCAACCCAACCAUUAGAUGAUAAAAGAACUGAAUCUCCUGCAAGAUUGGGAAAGUUCUCAAAGCAUGGAUAUAAAAGAUUUCAUAGUGAUCAUUUGGAUCUUUCUGUUAGACCUCCUGGAAGUCUUUCUGCAGACUUUUUUUUGCCUAGAAAUCAGUUGCAAAGCACAAACAAUGCAGUUUCAUUGCCUUCUAACAACCUUCUACCCGUUCUAGGACUAUGUGCUCCUAAUGCUAGUCAGGCUGGUUCAUCAUCCCGUAACUUCCGUUCCCCUCUGAGGCUAUCAACAUCAAGCAACGGGCAAAGACGAAUAAGUAGCAGAAAUGUAGAAUGUCCCUUGCCUGCUGCUUCCUGUUCUAGACCUCCAAAUGACAUGAACAUUGAGCUCAAAGAAAAAUCUGCCAGCACAUCUAUAUUGCCUGAAGCAUCUGGAGACUCCUUGCAUCACAAACUGAAGAAUAUGAUACCUGAUGGCUAUUUUCCAUUUUAUCCUCCUGCUUCUACAUCUGGAAGACCCCCUCUCGACAUUUUCGAAACUUCAAGUUCAUCAUUCACCUCAUUCCAAGAGAAGCUGGGCCUUCCAAACUUAACUUUUGAUGUUAAUAUGGCACCAAAGUUCUCAAUACCACCAAAGAAUUUGAUGAAGCCACAUUCAGAUCUCUUACCUAGCUUGUCAUUAACCAUGGAAUACAUAAAUAGUUCUUUCCAGGAAUUGCCAAAUAUGCCAGUGUUACCCAAUUUCAGGCAACAGCUGAGUGAUUCCCUGAAGCAAAAACAGCAGAUGACAGAGUUAAAAUCAAGGCUCGAUAUAGGUCCAAUGCCAGGCACGUGUUCAUCAUUACCAGAAAACCAUCAGAAAGUUCUUGACAACAUAAUGAUGCGAACCCAGUCUGCAACAAAUAAGUUGUUCAAGAAGAGAUUAAAAGCAGAUGCAUGGUCAGAAGAUGAACUUGAUGCUCUUUGGAUUGGUGUUCGUAGGCAUGGAAGGGGUAAUUGGGAUGCCAUGCUCAGGGAUCCCAAAUUGAGAUUCUCAAAAUAUAGAACUAUUGAAGAUUUAUUUUUACGAUGGACAGAAGAGCAGCAAAAGAUAAUUGAUACACCAGCAUUUUCAGCACCAAAAUCAUCAAAGCCUCUAUCUUUUCCUGAAAUCUCUGAUGGCAUGAUGACUCGGGCUCUGCUUGGAGGCCAGUUACCUGGUCUUGGGAGUGCAUGGCCGAAAUCAUUCUCGGACCUGACGGACAUUCAAUUGGGCUGUGGUGAUUUUAAGUCUAGCUUUUCAUGCACUGAUCCAUUCAGUCACAAUAGUAGAAUUGAUGAGAAUUGUCCACAAGUCGCAGCAUGGAAAAAUGACAGACCUAGAUCAGGUUUUCAUGGGGGCUUUUAUCCUGGAGUUAGUUUGCCCUUUGAUAUGCCCUGUUCGGAUAACUUGGUUACGAGUCUCAGUAUGAAUCACCCUAGCAGUUCUGCUUUACAACAGAAUGAAGAUGAAAAUUGUGCUAUGAAGAAUUUUCCCUUGCCAGGUGUUUCAGAAAAAUUGCAGAAUCUGUUACAUGAUUCCAUUAGUAAAGUUCAUUCUAAUGAAUCCAACGUGGGCAUGACCCUUGAUCCCCACAAGCAGCAGACCUUCCUCGACUCUUCUUCCAAUAAUGCUAUUGCUGUUGGUAGCUCAAAUACAAACAAGCUGCCUCAUUGGCUUCGAGAGGCUGUCAAUAUCCCACCAUCCAGGCCACCAGAACCUGAGUUAUGCUCGACACUGCCCCCAACUGUUUCAGCAAUUGCUCAAUCUGUUCGUCUACUUUAUGGUGAAGAGAAAACAUUCCCGCCAUUUGCUAUCCCAGACCUUCCGCCAAUACAGCCACAAGAUCCAAGAAAAAGUCUGAAAAGGAAAAGGAAGUUGGAUAGGCUUCAGCAGCUGACCCCUGAUAUUGAUGGAUUUAUAGAGAAAUUUGAUCACAGUUCUCCAGGCACAAUUCCUCCAGUUUCACAAAUAAUGGAAUCUGCACCUGAUCUUGGGAGGUCUGACCUAAAUGAAGAUUUCACUUCGCAGAACCUAAAUCUAAAUUCACCAUCCUUGUCAUCAUUUGCUACACAAGAAAAAAGUUCAGGCUCAGCACUGGCAGCAUGUCCUGAAGUCUUGGAACAAGUAAAAUCUUGUAUGUCUUGUGGACCUUGUGGAUUGUCAGUAACCGAGAUGCCUGGCCCUAGCUGUCAAAGAACGGAAAUGUCCAAGUCGAAAGAUCUUGAAAUAUUCAAGCAUGACCGUAAGGGACUAAAUGAAGAUUUAGAAGACAGUCAUGGGAAACAUAAGACAGCUAGGAAUUCACUAUUGGGUUGUUGGGAUAAGAUGCUAAGCACCGAGCAGACUAGUCAGGCAGAUAAUCGAGACUCGAGUAAAACUCAGUCUGAUACAAGUAGGCCUAACCAGAUGAAUCUUAAGGAAAUGUCAUCUGAAGAAACUGUCUCGGAUAAUAAUAAAAGUGAACAUGAACAGUAAACAUUCUGGUUCCUUGUUGGCAUCCUCUUUUGCCCUCACGCUUGUGGAGCCAGAUCCAUUAACCUGCCAUCAUUGUAUUAAGUCUUAGCAAGAGUGUUAUCCAAGAGAAAGCAGUGAGACAUCAUUCGAAUCUUUAUACAAGAAAUACAGUCUUGCCAACCUCAUUGUUUCUUAUAUUCUUGUUUAUGCUACAUUUUUUUUUUCUCUCAUAUAUAUGCUGUACAAGGGUUCUUUUGUUGCAUAGUGAUCAUUUUUUUUUCAUCUACUUCAAAUAUUUGGUAUUAAGUAAAAUUUUUUCAGUGGUGUCUUCUAUAUGGCACAUUAUUCACAUUCAAGCAACUGGAUUUAUGAGAUAAGAGGAGAAAUCCAUCCAAUUCUUCAGUA